AUGACUGCCACUCCGCUAGUGGCAUGUGUGCAUGCAAAGACGGAUACUGGGGUGAACGGUGUGACACCACGUGCCCAGUUAGAUGUGUUAAAUGCCAUAGAAACUCAGGAGAGUGUACAGAAUGCAUCAAAGGCUUCUUUGGGCCAAAAUGUGAAGACUGCCGCUUCUGCAAGAAUUCCUGUGACUCUGGUGGAUGUGCUGCCGGCUUGGAAAGUGUUUGGCCAGUUCUUGUGGGCAUUUAGGGAAUGUCUUCAUGGAUGCAAAGUUGGAUAUUUCGGUACACUGUGUAAACUCAAGUGCAGUACUUCCUGCAAGAACCGCCAAUGUCAUAGAGUCAACGGCAACUGCACCGACGGCUGUGAGCCAGGAGUCUAUGGUCCACAGUGCAAUACCAACUGCACCAACUGUAUAAACAACCAAUGCCAUGAAGGAACAGGUGAAUGCAAUGGAUGUGAGACGGGAUACUAUGGCUGGAGAUGCGAUAAGAAGUGUAGCAUCCAGUGUUCAGGGAGGUCCUGUGACAGAUAUGAGGGGACAUGUGUCUUCCGGAAACCCAGUCACGAAUCGACCACCAGUAGCCAAGAUGUAAUUAUGACAACCAACGUCACAACGACUACGCCGGAUCCAGUGACCGUGAAGGCUGUGGUCAUUACAGUGGGGACCCUUGUCACUGUGUGCACUGUGAUAACAGUUUUCAUUUUCAUCAGUAAAAGGAUUACGAUGAAAGGCCUCGAUCAGUCAACACUGAGAAGGCGCCCACAGUAUCCAGCUCCUCCUCCUCCAGAUGCUACCCAUCAUUACGAGGUCAUAGACGAGGUCGUACGCGAGUAUGACGCCAUAUGUCCUUCAAAUUCAGCCAUGUGCAGACCUGCUCAAUAUGAAGACAUCAAUGAAAUCUCACCUUCAAACAGAAAACCUUGGGCCGAUAAAAUGUCUCCUACGAAGCCAUAUCCAUGUCAGAAUACAGAGCGAGCUGAUGUGAACAAGUCACCAUCUUCAUCAAUUGAAAUGCAUCAUACCACAGAAAGUCUUUCUUUGCCUAAUCUUUCGUUUAAAAGUGGUUACAUACCCAUGACGUCACUAAACACAUAUCUUACAAUCACUGGUGAUCGUAGGAAUAGUACUCCUUAGCAAUCACCAGUUAGUGAAAUCUGCGUCUGUACCAUACCUGUAUUCAUGAGAAAUCGAGAAGUGGUAAAGAAAUGGAGAGUCGAUCUGUCCCUCAUUUCGUGUGAUUUACAGAGCUCUAAACAGAAUGUCAGAAAGAUCGAAGUGACGCUAGUGCUAGUAGAAGUUAGUCAAGACACGUACAACAAAUGGAACUCUACAAAACAAGAAUUUGAGGCACUUUUGCCUGCUACCAUGUAUAAAGGCUUCGUACAUAACUGACAGUACGUGAAAGAAGAUUGAAGUAUGCCUGGGUCUCAUAUCCCAGCGUAGGCUUGUGACGAAUCAGGUAGAUCAUCAUUCAUUUCAAAAUAAAACAUAAAAAUAUCAUUAGAGGUCACCCUUUGGUGACUCUUUUCAGGGAUUAUCCAGGAACAUUUCCUUCCUUCACAGAAAAAUCUUACCAAAAUCAAUGAGAUUUAUGGGCGUGUUCAGACUUUGCUAAUCAUUAAAUAUUAUUUCCUCUUGAAACAGGAAACUUAUUUGAUUUUCGUUACAUGAAUUAUGAUGCCAUUAAUGUUACUAGAUACUAAGAUUGUGUAAACAUUUUACAGUUAUGUAUUCGAAUCCGAAUAUGUUAAAAAUGUGGGUACACUGUAAGAUAAGCAUCAUUGUCUACUGAAAUAAAACACCGAGUACCUUAA